AUGCAGUCAUUCCUUACUCUUGCGAUGCUCUUUGGUAGCACACUGGCAGCUCCUCUGAAUGCCGACCAGAACGAACUCCUUAGCCCCGAGAAACGUGAAGCCCUUCCCCCAUCCGUCGUGCAGAUCAUCGACUUCGGCAACGGUGAAGACUCUGAGCCUUCUACCACCGAUCCUUAUGUCAUCGAAACCGCUACCAGCACUACCGUUUCUGUCACCCCCACUGACUACCCGUUCGAUGAUCCCCUUGGAUCCCCAGACCCCAACGGCCCAAUUGGAGGGUUGGACAAGCGACAGCUUGAAACUGUCACAGGCCUUCUGGGACUGAAGACCGCAGACAUGAACAAGAGGCAGCUUGACGCUUUGACUGGCCUUCUUGGAGGACUCAAGUCCGAAGGUCUUAACAAGCGACAGCUUGAAGCCGUCACCGGUCUUCUUGGCCCACUCCUUGGUGGUCUAGGUGGUGCACCACCUGCAGUGCCACCUCCCGCCCCCAUUCCCGGAGCCACCACGACCGCGGAAGCUACUACCACCGCCACUAGUGCCGUUCCCACUGUCACCAACCUCGAGGACUUCCCCACGUUUGGUCCUGCAUAA